AUGUUGUUGAACCAUCUUCUCCUGGGCCUCUUUGGGCUCUGGGCCAUCUACUUUUUCCUUGUCAAACUCAUUCUCUUCAAACUCAUCCUCAAUAUUAUCUUGCCACUCAUCAUCCGAUACCUCCUGAUCCCCAGUUUACCAGACUGUGUCCGUCCAUACGCAGAGCGCGCCCUGGAAAAAUGCGAUGAACACUGCUACGCCAUCCCUCUGGAGCCCAAGGGUCCUUCCAACCGCGAUGUCUACCGCACUGCCAUGACCCUGACCCGUGUCACCGAUCGUGAUGUGGUGACAGAGAUCCUUGACCUGGCCGAAUUGUGGCAUGAUGUUCAUCUGGUGUCAAGAAUCGACCCAGAGCCGGUCAAUGUCAACGACCGGGAGCACAGCCGCAACUCUCACAAGCCAGGUCUGAUCUAUGUCGAAGCUGAAUUGCCUGCCACAUUGCCACCCAAAGCGUUACGUUCCAUUACAUUCAGCACCAGUUCUCGUGAUCAAGGUCACACCACUGAGAUGCAGGAUAUCGGAACAUACAGAAACAGCAAGACCUGGUUCGAAGUCGAGAUCUACCCACCUGGUCAGAGUGUGCGCUCAGCAGACGAAGAAGACAUGUCCUCGUCAGAAGACGAAGAGGAGCCACCACCAAAGCCUCCACGAAAGUUUCAAGUGGAAGGAGAGCCUGUGUUCGAUUUCCCACCAAGAAAGAUAAUCACCAACAUUCACGCGGGUCAGGAAUUCAAGACUCAUACCGUCACGUGGCACUACGAUGAUGAAGAUCCAGACAUCAGAAGACUCAUCAGAACUAUGGGUGCUGGGUGGAAGGUGGCCAUCAGCGUGUGGGCACAAGCUCAUACGUGGGAAAACUACGUUCGAAGUGCUAGGAUUGACUGCCGUGUCCAUACUGUCAGAAAGUUGUGA